AUGGGUAUGUGCAGAGAAUUUUGGGUGGCUCCUCCGUGUAACUGUGUGGAAAGGCUGUGUGGAAAGGGAGAAGCCUACACCACCACCCCACUCCCGCUGUCCUCUACACGGAGCCCGGGCCUCGCCUGGCGCGCCCCCGUGGCCUUUCUGAGCCGCGCCCCGCCCCGUCCUCCCCCAGCAGAGGUCCUGGUCCUGGCCGGAUACCGCGCGCAGAAGGACGACGAGCUGAGUCUGGCACCCGGGGACGUGGUCCGGCAGGUGCGCGAGGGGUCCGCCCGGGGCUGGCUGCACGGAGAGCUGGCGGGCCAUUACGGCCUCUUCCCCGAGCGGCUGGUGCAGGAGAUCCCAGAGUCCCUACGGGGCGCCGGGGAGGCGCGGAGACCGCGCUGUGCGCGUCGCCAUCCCGCCAAAUCUCGGGGCCCCCAAAGAUGGUGCAAAGUGAACUUCAGUUACAACCCGGAGCAGGCGGACGAGCUGAAGCUGCAAGCUGGGGAGAUUGUGGAAGUGAUAAAGGAGAUUGAGGACGGCUGGUGGCUGGGGAAGAAGAACGGGCAGCUGGGAGCCUUCCCAUCCAACUUUGUGGAGUUGCUGGACAGUGGGCCCCCAAGCCUUGGUAACCAAGACAUGCCUUCAGUCAGUCCUGAUCCCCAGCGGCCUCCCAAGCUGAGCAGCUUGUCCUAUGACAGCCCUCCAAACUACCUGCGGACAGUCUCCCACCCUGAGACCUACAGGGUCCUGUUUGACUACCAGCCCGAGGCCCCAGAUGAGUUGGCGCUGCGGAAGGGGGAUGUGGUGAAAGUACUGAGGAAGACCACAGAGGAUAAGGGUUGGUGGGAAGGAGAGUGUCAAGGCAGAAGAGGAGUUUUUCCAGACAACUUUGUUCUUCCACCACCCCCAGUCAAGAAGCUGGUCCCACGGAAAGGGGUAUCUCAGGAAUCAGCUCCUAUUAAGGAAUCAAAAAAGUUGAUGCCCAAAACAUCCCUCUCUACAGUCAAGAAGCCAGUGACAACCCCCACUGGGCCCGGCAAAGCCAAGACAUCUUGGACACCCAGCAGGGAUGGUCAGAAGCGCCUGUCCCGAGACUCAGGCACCAAUGGCAGCUUCCCCAGUGGGGUUCCGGGCCACGCUGGCAGAAAGCGAUCCAAAACCCAGGCUCCCCGGCAACUACGCUCUGCACCCAGUCAGGAGGAAGAGCACAGUAGCCCGGCAAAGACCCCUUCUGUGAAUAGAACCCCCACUCUGGACAAGAACACCACCUCAGAGAAGACCCUGUCUCCAGACAAGGCCUCCAGCCCAGAGAAGAUCCUGGCUCCUGACAAAGCACCCACCCCAGAGAAAAUCCCAGCUGUGGAGGACAAGGCCCCCACCCCAGAGAACCCCACCCCAGAGAAGAUCCUGACUCCUGACAAAGUGCUCACUCUAGAGAAGACCCUGACUCUGGACAAGGCCUCCACUCCAGAGAGGGUCUUUUCUGUGGAUGAGGCCCCUGCCCCAGAAGUACCACCUAAGGAUGAGGCCCCUGAAUCAAAGGUGCCCCCCCCAGAGGAUGAGGCCCCCACCCUAGAACAGGUCUUGUUCCUGUACCAGGUGCUUUCUGAAGAGGUCUGCACCGGAGACAACAUUCAAUUCUAUCACUUUUCUCUGGAGGAAGCCCUGCAGGAGGCCAAGUCCCUUGUGGCCAAUGAGGCCCAGUCCCAAGAGGAGGCCCACAUGCCAGAGGAACCCCCACUCCAGCCUGAUUCCUCAGAGAUAUGCCUCUGUAUGAUGAAACACCCCCUAGUUAAGAGAGACAGCUCCCCGUUCCAGUGUGGGUCCGCGUCAGGAUCCAUGCCUAUCCUUGAGAAGGCUUACCCUCAGGAAGAGGAGGCAACUGCGGAAGAUGAGACUACCCCCAAAGCAGAGGUGCCCCCCAAGGAGGAGGUGGCUCCCAAAGCAGAGGUGCCCCCCAAAGAGGAGGUGGCUCCCAAAGCAGAGGUGCCCCCCAAAGAGGAGGUGGCUCCCAAAGCAGAGGUGCCCCCCAAAGAGGAGGCACCCCCUGAAGAGGAGGUGGCUCCCAAAGCAGAGGUGCCCCCCAAAGAGGAGGUGGCUCCCAAAGCAGAGGUGCCCCCCAAAGAAGAGUUGGCUCCCAAAGCAGAGGUGCCCCCCAAAGAGGAGGCGCCCUCCAAAGAGGAGGUGGCUUCCAAAGCAGAGGCGCUCCCCAAAGAAGUAGCUCCUGCCCCCCAAAUCUCAGAUCUUAUCAAGCAGAUUCCAGAUCCCCAAGAGACUCCCAGCCUCCAUUCUCUGGUCCUGCAAAAUUCCAUGGAAAGUAGGGACAGCAGAGUGGACAUAAUGACGCUGAAGGACGAGGUGGAGUCUCUUAGGAGGGCGCUGGAGCUGAUAGGGGAACAGCUGGAGAGGAAGCUGACCGACAUCUGGGAGGAGCUGAAGAGGGAGAGGGAGAAGCGUCGCUUGCUGGAGGUGCAGAUGAUGCAAAGGACCCCGAAGUCCCCGACCCGGGGCUCCAUCCACGCGCAGACGCAGACGAACUGAAGGCCGGCCUGAGAGGGACCGCGGCCCGACCCCGGGGGGACGUCUGGUUCGGGCCACCCACGUCCUUGCACACGACUUUGGGAAACGCAAGAAAGUAAACUCUUGCCUCGUCAUCGCCAGCCGUGU